AGGAGGCAUUGGAGUGGCCUGGGUUCUUUCAGCAUCUGCAGACAGGGAGAAAUGUAGAACCACUUGGAACACUUGUCAAAAAGAGGUGUGGACUGAUCUGCUGUAAAAGAUAAGGAGGGUGCUGAUGUAUGAAGACAAACAUCAGACCACAUCUACAAUGGACACAUCAGCAGCCCUGAUGACAUUUCUGUCAAAAGUGGGACUGGAAAAUUCUUAUCCCAACAAGCUCACUCGUCAACUUCUCUUGGAGAUCAACAGAAACAGCAUAUAUGAUGAACCUGGCGAAUCAGUGAAAACCCUGCCAUGGCGUUUUCUACGACAACUCUACGGAGUGAAUGCAAAAUGCAGAAACUGUAGACAUGUAUCAAGUGCUAGUGAUGAUGAUUUCCUUCAGCUGGACGAUUACUCUGCAGAUGACUCUGCAGAAUGUAACGCUGUUAACCCUCUUGACCUCAUACUAGCACUCUUCCUUUGUGCCGACAGCUUCUUGCAGCAGGAAAUGGCGCUAAAAAUGUCAAUGUGCCAGUUCUCUCUCCCACUGCUGUUGCCCCAUGGCAAUAAUAGUCAGCGCACCCUGAUGCUCUGGGCUCUAAGAGACAUUGUUAAAGAAUGGUGUCCACAUGAUUUGUCUCAGUCAAAAGGGUUUGUGGAAGAGAACAUUGUCCAAGCAAAUAUUCCACUGUUUUCCUUUGUGAGGCUGAAGAACUGUAGUUGGUCAAAGUCCCAGCUUUUGAAUCAUGUUCUCAGCCGUGGCCAACAGAAAUGCAAUAUCUUCACACACAGAGAAAUGGAAGGAGGAGCAGUAAAGAGAGAAAUUGCAAAUGGACUUGUUGAGGUUUGCUGGUACCUCCCCUGUGGUAGUGAAAGUCUUGAUAUUUUUCCAAAUCCAGCUACAUUCACAAAUCUGCGGGGAGAAAUUUGUGAGUCACUCAAAGAAUUCAGGUUUCUCUUUCAAGUAUCAACUGUGAUCUUUGUCUGUCUAGACAGAGUUGAUGAAGACGAACUCAGAAUUCUGACAUCUCUUCAAGAUGUGAAAUCCAAACUCUUCUUAGUUGUUAAUCGCAAUGGAGAGAACAAAAGGGAGGAUAUGAUGUCAGUAAAGAAAUUGGUGGAAGAAUUAAAUUUACCAAACAACAGAGUGAGGAUAAAAGACCCAAAGCUAAAUGUUACAGAGUUCUCAAAAAAGCUUUGUGACGCCAUCAAGACAUUGCUGUUAGAUGUAAAUACAACAGUAAGCAUUGCAAAUAUGUUUGACAAAGCUGUUGAACUUGACAUAUCUGUGGAUGAGUGCAAAGGCAACAAACAGAAAGAAGCAGCUCAGCAGUUAGUAAAAGAAAUUGGUAACCAGCCCAUACCAGUCUACAAGAAACAGCACUUACCACUGCAAAUUGAUAAAUGGAAAAGACUAUCACAGUUAGAAAUGGACAAAUGGGGGCUGAAAGAAAAUAUGUCCCAGCUACUAGAAGAGGAAAAAAACAUUAGGAAGGUGCAAAAUGAGCACACAACAUCAACACACAUGGUAAUGUUUUCUGAGCAGUUGUCCAAAUGUAGCAGGGAAAAAAGGGACUUUUUUCUUAAGUGGCUGAGACUUGAGCUGAAUGCCCAUUCAAGAACAAAACUAUCUGAGUUGCGCAACCAAUUCAAGGAGCAAUGCAAGAACAAAGAUGUGAAGCUCAUAGCAGAGUUAGACCAAGCAUUGGUGGAUAGCUCUUUAGGAAUAGAGCAUUACAUGAGAGAGAUGGGACUGAUCUACGAGUUCUCCACUGACUCUAUCAGCUCACCAAUAGCUGCUGAUGAAAUAGCUCACCUCCCUGCUUUGGCUGCUGAAAUGUUGCUGGAUGGAUAUCCUUUAGAGCUCCUGGAUGGUGAUGCUUCCAACAUUCCAGAGAGAUGGGUGACAGAUGUGCUGAUGGAGCUUCACAAGAAGGUGGGACAGAAGAGCAGACUGUUGGUAUUGACUGUGUUGGGUGUCCAGAGUAGUGGGAAGUCCACACUCCUCAACACCAUGUUUGGUGUGCAGUUUCCUGUCAGCAGUGGCAGAUGCACGAGAGGAGCUUUCAUGCUCUUCCUCAAAGUUGGGGAAGAUUUGAAAAGUGAGUUACACUGUGAUUUCAUUGUCGUCAUUGACACAGAGGGUCUUAAGUCUCCUGAUUUGGCACAACUAGAGGACAGUUAUGAGCAUGACAACCAGCUGGCAACCUUUGUCAUUGGCUUGAGUGAUGUCACCAUUAUCAACAUUGCAAUGGAAAAUGCAACAGCAAUGAAAGAUGUCUUACAAAUUGCAAUUUACACACUAUUGAGACUGAAUAAAAGAGAAAAAAAGACAGUUUGCCAUUUUGUUCACCAAAAUGUCUCUGGUGUUUCAGCUCAUGCUAAAAUCAUGACUGAAAGAAAACAUCUCUUGGAUCAGCUCAAUGAAAUGACUCAGAUUGCAGCUGAAAUGGAAAGGCAGCAUUCAGUAAAGCAAUUCGCAGAUGUGCUGAACUAUGACAUAGAAAAGAAUAACUGGAACAUCCCUGGACUCUGGCAUGGAACCCCACCAAUGGCACCAGUAAACACAGGUUACAGUGAGGCUGUAGCACAUUUCAAGAAACAUCUUUUUCAAAUGGUAAUGAGUGACAAAUGCAAUGAAUUCCCAGAGAUCCCAGAGUUUCUAGUAUGGAUGAGAAGUCUCUGGAAGGCAGUAAAAUGUGAGAAUGUCAUGUUUAGUUUCAGGAACACUCUUGUGGCUCAUGCUUUUAACAACCUUUUCAAGGAAUACACUCAAUGGGAGUGGGAGUUCAGAAAAGAGAUUCUGUCCUGGCAGACAGAGACACAGUCAGAGAUUUUGAAUGUACACUAUCAGUCUGACACCCACACUUGGAUCAUGCUGGUUGAAUCGAAGAAAUCAGAGGCUUCUGAAAAAGUUGAAGCAGAAGAGAAAAAAAUGAAGGAAAGCCUCAACAACUACUACAGAAGGAAAGAAAAACAAGUACAUCUGAUUGAGAACUUCAUCAAAGAUAUUUUUCAAAGUAUCAGCAAUAUUGCAGAUGAAAUCAGACAUUCUCUGAACACCACAUUGGAUUUUUGCUUUACAUUGAAAAAACAAGUUCAAGAAAUUUACAGCAGAUUGCCAAUUGACAUAGAAAACAGGAAGAAGAGUCUCUUGAAAGACGUCCAACACUGUACACUCUCUGACAAACAACUGACAGAGAUGUUUGAAGAGAUGUGGGCUGGAGUCACCCAUCAGCAUGUGCAUGACAUUGAAAGCUUGCAAACGUUUGGAAAGGUUUCCUUUGAGGAUAAAAGUGACCAUCAGACAGACAGCAAAAAUGAUGAUCUGCAAAUAUUAGCAGAAACGAUCACUGAAUCUUGCACAAAGUUUGUCCUUGAUCAGGCAAAGUUGAACACACAUUCUGAUGAUGAAUUUACAGUUGAACUCCUUGCAAAAAUAGAUCAAGCCUUUCAAGAAAAUGGUAAAGGUUGGCAAAAUAAGUUUGAGAUUAACCUGAAACUUCACAUUUGUGGCAUUGCAGCAAGGGAAUUUCUUAAAAUGCAGGAAAACAGUCUGCAAUUUGAUUAGGAACUGCUGGAGCAGUUGGAGAGACAGAAAACUCAGUAUCGGUCAGACUUUCUUGUUCUGUACAAGAAGAGCUAUUGCUAGCAUGAAGCAACUGACUUUGUCCAGUAUUGUAUCAAACCUGUUAUGA